AUGUCCUGUCUACCUACUAGCGAUUGCACCAUGCCACCAGUCAUGAAUACCUCCGAGCGUGACGAACGCGUUAGUCUGGUCGAUAACAUCAAAUCUCUAUGGAAAGUGGCGAAUCCUACAGACAUCAUCCCCGAUGUUAUGCGGUAUCCUGAGCAUAUCGGUACUUGGCCUCUACCUAUCCUACGCGCCAUAAGCUACUUGGCUAGUGGUAUGCCGGGUGACGAGGGACGGCAUCGAUUCGUUCAUCUCCUUAACAACGGCUAUUUGACGAGGAUAGCAGAUGAAUCGACUACUCAUGGACUGCAGCUACAGUCAUCCGAUCUGGAUUUUGUCCGGGACAGCUUUGGAUUAGAACCGGCGUCUGUGACGGUAGAGGAGAAAGCCGCUUCAGUCCAGAACGAUGUUACACAUCCCCAAGAGCGUCCAGAACGAAUACUUCCAGAAGAUGAAGAUGAGCCGGAGACUUUGAAGUUGAAGUUAGAUCUGUGGAUCCAAUACUACUGGAACGUCACUGAUAUCAAAGCCCUUGUCCCCCGUAACAUGCGGCAGCUAGAUAAAUUUGGAAAGCCGACCAAUCGGGCGCUGCACAGCUCCAGCGAUCAAAAGGAUCUGUUGAAGGUACUUUACCAGUUAGCUCGCAUCACAAAAGGUCGAAAGGAUGCAGCAUGGGCGCAGAUAGAAGAGGCGUGGAAGGCAAGAGGAGGCAAAGCGUUUGCAGAAUCAGACGUCAAAGUCGCUCUUGAUCACUUCCGUGACCUACGUGAAGAAGAAGAAGAUGAUGAUUCUGUUACCAACAGUCGAAAGCAAUUACCUAUUGUACCUUCAAAACCCGACGGCACUACCGGCGAGGAGGGUCAGGAUGGCGCGAUGAACACCCAGCGGGGAAAUCAGCAUCGCGAUGGAAGGCAACGGAAAAGACGACGUCGCGAAUCUCGAGCCACCGAACCCGACACCCACAACAGUGCUGAUCACCAAACGCUACUUUCCCACGUGGAUGUCGCAGAGGCGGGACUCUCGAUGGCUCGCAGCCGACGCUCGUCAGUCAUGGUAAGACGUGACAACGACCGCACUAGCAUAGCGACCCGCGACGCUACGGUCGACGAGGCUGCCACGAGCUUACAAGGUGCGCGUGGAGCAUCGAUCUUACCGCUAAAGAGGAAGAGACGGUAUUCACUAGACGGAGAUGAGACAGAUGUUGAUGAGGAAGGUAGCAAGACGGGCGAUGACGGAAAAGAUGAGCGUGAGCAUGCGAAACAAGAGCACGAUGAUCUGGAGCCAGAGGAGGUUCAUAAACUGCCAGAAAAAUGA